AUGAUGAAUCGUGCCCUACUAGGCAAAUGGUCUUGCAGAUUGGGAGUGGAACAAGACGCCUUAUGGAACAUGAUCGUCAAAGGAAAAUAUGGAUGUUCCCCGGGAGGGUGGUGGACGAAAGAUUCUUCUGCUUAUAGAGUCUCUUACAUCUGGAGAGGUAUUCUCCGUACCAAAAAUCCGGUUGUUAAGAACAUUGGCUUUGUCCUUGGGAACGGUUCAGCAAUCCGAUUCUGGGAAGACCUUUGGCUGGGGGAGACCACGUUAAAAGACAGAUUCCCAUCUAUCUACAACCUGGCUGUGGAGAAAAACAGUCCUGUUGCCUCCUUUAUUCUAUUUCCAACUUGGACUAGUUUGGGACAUCUCGUGCAGCAGAAAUCUCCAAGACUUGGAGCCAAGAAUCGGAUCUUAACGAUCGACAAUUUGAAUAAGAAAGGAAUGCAGCUCGUCAAUAUCUGCCUAUGUUGUAUGGGCGACGAGGAAUCUGUCGAUCACCUUCCCGUCCACUGUCCCUUUAUCUCCCAGAUCCUCUUGGACUUCUUUAUCAGUUUUAAUAUCAACGGUUGUAUCCCAGCCACUGCUUCUUCCUCGCUCGCUUAUUGGCAUGGAUUCAAGUUGGGAAAAAUCAGAACACGGGUGUGGAGAAUGUCUAUCCUCGCCAUCUGGUGGGUGGUCUGGAAAGAGCGGAACGACAGAUGUUUCAACAACUCUCAGUCCUCGCCGCAAUCUGUGGGUUCUAAGGCUAAAAAAUUAUUAAUCGAAUGGCCGGUUGCUGUCCCGGGUCUUAAAGAUUUUAAUUUUCUGUUUCUUGGCCUGUAG